AUGCAGGUUCUGUCGGCUGCAGAGUUGCUGACCCGCGUAGCAGUAGCAGCAGCAGCAGCUGCAGAAGCAGAGGCAGUUGCAGUAGCACUAACAGCAGCAGCAGCAGCAGAAACAGCGGCAGUCCCACCAACAGCAGCAGCAACGCGCGCAGCAACAACAGCAACCACAGGAGUUGCUGCUGCUGCAGAUCCUCAAAUGCCGUCAGGUUAUGGAAAUAUGUGCCAGUUUAAGCGCAGCAGCAGCAAGCUCUUAAAGAACUUGACGCAGCAGUAG